AUGACCGAAUCCGCCGCAGCUAACGCGGAAACCACUACUAUCGAAGAGGAGAUCGAAAACCUUUCUCACGAAGAUCUGCUGGAAGUCACUCAGAGUAGCAUCAAAAGACUGAUUGCUUCUGAUCCCCUACUUUCGGAUCUACCUGUUGAUGUUACACCCGAAGAGGUGUUGUCUCAAAUCGCGGUGAUACAAGGACAGAGUAUAACUGUAACAAUUCUCCGAUAUUCGGAAAGUCCAUUAAGCGUAGUGAUACCGCAACAGAAUACCACGGUGCUCGAUUUGAAAAAAGCCAUCAAGCGGCAUUUUCUAUUAAAACAGCAACGGCAAAAAAGCAAAACCAAAGUGAGUUGGAAAUACGUGUGGAAAACGUUCUGGUUGCAGAACGUCUCUAAUGGGCGAGUGCUCAAGAAUGACAAAGAGAAGGUCAACAAUUACGAAGUUGUAAAUAGGUCAGAAUUGAGAUUUGUAAAGAGAUUAUCAAAAGACAGAGGCCCAACAGAGCAUCUCGAGACAUGUUAA